ACAUAUCCUUAGGUUUGCCCAACUUAAUCCAAUUUCUUUAUUAAAAGGAUCCAGAUAUCUUGGGAGCUCCAUCACAGGGCCAACUCCCCCCAUUUUAUUUUCUCUCUCCUCAUCACUACUGAUUCCUCGCACAACACUCAAGAACAGAAACAAAUACGUCUCAAAUUAAAUUAUUUGUUGUCAAAAAUAUUAUCUUUGUUCUUAAUUUCAACUGAGUUUAGUCACAUUGAAAUUGACCCACCAACAAUCAUAAUUUAUUUAUGAUACCUGGGAAAUUAGAUCUUCUAAUUCAUUCUUAAUUAAGGGUUUUAAUUAAUGGAGCUCAAUAUGCUUGAAGCUAAAUUCCUCUCUCUUCCUAAAGAUGUUGGUUUCAGAACUUCUUCAUACCCCACUUCCCUUUUUGGGAUACAUUCAUAUCCAAAGUCUAAUUCUUCUAAAGUAAUUUGUGCAAGGGUAUCAAAUUCAGCCACUAGUAAUAAAGUAGCAACUUCAACAUUGUUGUUCCAAAGUAAGAUUAAUGGGAUAAAUGAAGCAAUUUCAAGAACUUUGGAUUAUUUUGAUGAUGAGUAUGGAGGAGUUAUUGUUAACCCAGAUAGAUUACCAUCUAAUCCAAAUGUUUUUGCUUCUCUGCUUCAAUCUUCACUUUCUCAGUGGAUAACUAAGGGAAAGAAAGGAGUUUGGCUUAAAUUGCCAUCAGAAUAUUCAGAGCUAGUACCUAUGGCAAUAAAGGAAGGGUUCCAAUAUCAUCACGCAGAAAGUGGUUAUGUAAUGCUAACCUAUUGGAUUCCGGAAGGGCCAUGUAUGCUACCGGCCAAUGCCUCACACCAAGUAGGGGUUGGAGGAUUUGUCAUCAAUGACAAAAAUGAGGUGCUUGUGGUGCAAGAGAAGUAUUGUGCUCCACCGUAUGUUGGCUUUUGGAAAAUUCCUACUGGUUUCAUUCAUGAGUCUGAAGAGAUAUACACUGGAGCUGUUAGAGAAGUCCAGGAGGAAACUGGGAUCGAUACUGAAUUCGUAGAAGUAAUUGCUUUCAGGCAUGCUCAGAACAUGGCUUUUGAAAAAUCAGACUUGUUCUUCAUUUGUAUGCUAAAGCCUCUUUCUUCUGAAAUCAAGGUUGAUGAUCACGAAAUUGAAGCUGCAAAGUGGAUGCCUGUGGUAGAUUUUGUAAAGCAACCAUGGAUCCAAGAAGACAGCAUGCUUAAGAAAGUGACUGACAUAUUCAUCGCGAGGAUGGGGAAGAAAUACUGUGGACUCUUCGCGCAUCAUUUGAUCUCCAAAUUUGAUGAUCGAUCAUCCACCUUAUACUACAAUGUUGUCAACACUCGGGACUCCAACUGCAUUGGAGCAUAAGUUUAAGGUACUGUAUUACAUAAAGUUCACUCGAUCAUCAUAAUGAAAAGUCUCAAUUUCCACACUAUAGUAAGGUGGACACAUGAGAUAGAUGUGAGUCAUGUGACCUGUUGAGUUUGGCUAGACAUGUAUGUAAGCAUAUCGAUUGUUCGGGUAUGGAAAUAUCCACUUUGAUAUUUACAGGGUGGAUAUUAUUAGAUGGACACAUACAUUAUGAUGGAUGUAGAUAUUAUCAUUUGUACUUUUGUACAUAUAAAUUGACUAGUUUGUUUGCUACUCAA